AUGCAAUUACGAAAAGUACGGUCUCAUGAAAAUUCAUACACCAAUUUGGAUUAGCAAAGGAAGAUAGACUCUGCUCAAUUUAAAACGCAGCCUUGCACUCAAUAGCAUCCGAGUGCGCAUAAAAAGUUUUGCCCAUAUUACCAUGAUGAGUCUGAUCGCAGACGUGAUCCUCAUCAAUUCAAAUAUAAGUGAGCAUUACUGAUAAUGAUUGCAAGGUGUCAAAUGUGUCCUCAGUUUGAACAAUGUCCCAAUGGAGAUUUGUGUGCAUUCUCACACAAUAAAGUAGAAUAAGUGUACCAUCCAAAUAGAUAUAAGAGCAAAUAUUGCGUAUAGAACAAAGAUUGCGAGUAUGGGAUGUACUGUUCAUUCGCACACAACGAUCACGAAUUGCGAGUGCCCCAAAAACUAGAAUAAUUGGUGCAAGACAAAAAAUUCUGGAUGUUUCAUUAUAAAACAAUAUGGUGUCCAUACAUCGUAGGGUAUGCAUUACAUUUCUAUAGAAACACCAAAGACAUGAUCGAGCCACUUGUGUUUAUGCUCAUAAUGCACAAGAUUUCAGAAGGGAUCCUCAAUUGCUUCAACCGAAGGAAUGUGCCAAUUGGAAUAAGACUGAUUAGAUUUCACGGUACGACCAAGGAGGUUGUCCUGAUCAAGAAAACUGCCCCAAUUGUCACGGAUGGAAAGAAUACGAAUACCAUCCCUUGAUUUACAAAACUAAACCUUGCGCACAACCGAAUUGCAUCAAAAAAGAGUGUCCAUUCUUCCACCAUGAUUAAGAACGUAGGUACUUACUCAAUCUGAUUUCUAAGAAUACCCAAAGUACAGAAUGAAAAGCAAUGGAUUAUUGAGGAACCCAAUACUCAGAAUUAAUUAAGAGUCCCUUACAAGUCCAACUCAAACUAUCAAGGACCCAUUAUUCCAAAUUACAUUCCUCAGGAUCUCAACAGGGAGAAGAUGGAGGUGGGACAGCCUCUUGAGUUGUUCAGCUCGACUACCACUUCCUCGAAUCCAAUAUCGAGAAGAGGGUCGGAUUUCUCAGAUAGGUAGAAGAAGAAAUGGAAUACUUAACGGAAACAUCAUCGCACUGCUCCUACUACGCCUGAUCAAAAACAGCAGCAAUAAUCGAAGAUGCCAUUGAUUAAAUAUUCGAGGAGAUUGUAGGAUGAGUUGUGGAAAAUAUCUGGGGUAAAGUGAUUUCAGUAUAUAUCCUAGUCUGAUUUCAUAUUACACACUCUUGAAGGAAUGAAAAUCACUGAGAUGAGUUUGAUGCAUAUGAAUGAGUUGAAUCUGCUGUCUUUGAAUAUUAGUGAUUAGUAAAAGCAAUAUUUGAUAUAAGCCUUAUUCAAUAUUAAGUAGGAAAAGAACUACGAUGAACAACACGAUGACGAAUUAUUAAAAGAGAGUGCUGGGCAAUUUUGA